AUGGACGCUGCAGGCCUCACCCUGAAGCUGCUUCUGGUCGGAGACAGCGCCGUGGGGAAGUCCAGCCUCCUGCUGAGGUUCACCGACGGCGCCUUUGAGCCCAGCCUGAAGCCCACCAUCGGCGUCGACUUUAAAGUGAAGAAGAUGCUGGUGGACGGCCACGCCGUGCAGCUUGCGAUAUGGGACACAGCAGGACAGGAGCGCUUUAGAACACUGACUCCCAGUUAUUACCGAGGAGCUCAAGGGGUUGUUUUAGUGUACGAUGUUACAAGAAAAGACACUUUCGCAGGACUAGAGAGCUGGCUGAAUGAGCUGGAAACGUAUACCACCAAAAGCAACACUGUGAAGAUGUUAGUUGGCAAUAAAACCGAUAAGCCUGAUCGUGAAGUAGAGAGAAAAGAAGGACUCCAGUUUGCUAGGAAACACUCCCUGCUUUUUAUAGAGACCAGUGCCAAGACACAGGACGGAGUGCAACAUGCCUUUGAGGAACUAGUCAUAAAGAUCCUGCAGACACCAGAUUUUUGGGAUAAAAGCACAGAGAAGCAGGGAGUCCAGCUAAUGGAAUCUUCAGCACGGAAGGAUAAAAGCUUAUGUGGUGCAUACUGUGUACUUUCUUAA